AUGGAUGCUGCUGACUACGAUAAGCUGACCCCAGAGCAGAGGGAGGAACGCGACAAGGCCACCAAAGCUCGCGAGGCAGAGGAGCAAGCUGCACUUCCAUAUACAUGGACUCAGUUGCUGGGCGAGCUGGACAUCGUCGUCCCCGUGCCCAAAGGCACCCGUGCUCGGGACCUGGUCGUUACGAUACAAAAGAAGAAGCUCAAGGUUGCAUUAAAGGGGAAAGAGCCGAUCAUGGAAGGCGAGCUCUGCAAGGACAUCAAGGUGGACGAAAGUACCUGGAAUAUUCAGGACAACGAACUUGUACUUAUCCACCUUGAGAAAUCGAAUAAGGAACAAUGGUGGGAGAACGUUCUCACCCACCACCCGAAGAUCGACACGACGAAAAUCGAGCCUCCGAACAGUCAACUCAGUGAUUUAGACGGCGAAACUAGGGGCAUGGUCGAGAAGAUGAUGUUCGAUAAUCAACAGAAGCAAAUGGGUAAACCAACCUCCGAUGAACUGAAGAAGAUGGAGGCCUUGAAGAAAUUCCAGGCCGCUCAUCCCGAGCUUGACUUCUCCAACGCUAAAAUAACAUGA